UGAAGUUUGGUGGGAGGGGAGACAUUAACCCUCCUCCGCCUGCGGUAGCAGUGCUGAGGCCGGCACAGCCGCCAUUUUGAAUGCGAGGUUGGUUCCCCCUCCCUCCGUUAAAGAGAGAAAAUUCCAGUUUCUUCCUGGUGUCAUUGAGGCUGAGUAUGCCAACUCCGAUCAGGCUGCGGGAGCUGAUCCGGACCAUCCGGACGGCUCGGACCCAGGCGGAGGAGCGGGAGAUGAUCCAGAAGGAAUGCGCUUCCAUUCGGUCGUCUUUCCGGGAGGAGGACAACACGUACCGCUGCAGGAACGUGGCUAAGCUCCUGUAUAUGCACAUGCUGGGGUACCCAGCGCACUUUGGACAGUUGGAGUGCUUGAAGCUGAUUGCCUCUCAGAAGUUCACAGACAAGCGCAUCGGCUAUUUGGGAGCGAUGCUACUGCUUGACGAGCGACAGGACGUCCAUCUGCUCAUGACAAACUGCAUCAAGAAUGAUCUCAGCCACAGCACACAGUUUGUCCAAGGCCUGGCCCUGUGCACACUGGGCUGCAUGGGCUCAGCGGAGAUGUGUCGUGAUCUGGCCGGUGAGGUGGAGAAGCUCAUCAAAACGUCAAACUCCUACCUGAGGAAAAAGGCUGCGCUCUGUGCAGUGCAUGUGAUCCGGAAGGUGCCAGAGUUGAUGGAGAUGUUCCUCCCAGCAACGAAGAACCUGCUAAGUGAGAAGAACCAUGGUGUUCUUCACACGUCCGUGGUCCUGCUCACUGAGAUGUGUGAGCGGAGUCCUGACACACUCUCACACUUUAAAAAGCUGGUUCCACAGCUGGUCAGGAUCCUGAAGAACCUCAUCAUGUCGGGAUACUCACCCGAGCACGAUGUCUCGGGCAUCAGCGACCCCUUCCUGCAGGUGCGGAUACUGAGGCUGCUCCGUAUUCUCGGGCGGAACGAUGACGACUCCAGCGAGGCCAUGAAUGACAUCCUUGCGCAGGUUGCAACCAACACGGAGACAAGUAAAAAUGUUGGCAAUGCAAUCCUCUACGAGACCGUGCUGACCAUAAUGGACAUCAAAUCAGAGAGCGGACUGAGGGUCCUAGCAAUUAACAUCCUGGGACGCUUCCUGUUGAACAAUGAUAAAAACAUUAGGUAUGUGGCUCUGACGUCCCUGCUGAAGACGGUACAGACUGAUCACAAUGCGGUUCAGAGGCACAGGAGUACCAUCGUGGACUGUCUGAAGGACCUGGACGUGUCAAUAAAGAGACGCGCCAUGGAGCUCAGCUUCGCUCUGGUGAACGGGAACAACAUUCGCGGGAUGAUGAAGGAGCUGCUCUACUUCCUGGACUCCUGUGACCCAGAAUUCAAAGCGGACUGCGCGUCCGGAGUCUUCCUCGCAGCCGAGAAGUACGCACCUUCGAAAAGAUGGCACAUAGACACAAUUAUGCGGGUUCUCACAACGGCUGGGAGCUACGUCCGGGACGACUCCGUUCCCAACCUCAUCCAGCUGAUCACCAACAGCAUGGAGAUGCACGCGUACACCGUACAGAGACUCUACAAAGCCCUGCUGGACGACGUCUCCCAGCAACCGCUAGUGCAGGUGGCCUCUUGGUGCAUCGGAGAGUACGGAGACCUGCUGGUGUCCGGGCAGUGUGAGGAAGAGGAGCCCAUCCAGGUUUCGGAGGAUGAGGUCCUGGAUGUUUUGGAAGCUCUCCUGGCGUCCAACAUGUCCUCCACCGUGACUCAGGGAUACUCCCUGACCGCCAUCAUGAAGCUGUCCACGCGGUUCAGCAAUGUGAGUCGAAUCAAGAAGGUUAUGUCCGUGUAUGGAAGCAGUAUGGACGUGGAGCUGCAGCAGCGAGCGAUUGAAUACAACGCCCUUUUCAAAAAAUAUGAUCACAUGAGGCCUGCCCUGCUGGAGCGAAUGCCCGUCAUGGAGAAGACGGCGGCCACCAACGGCCCCACAGAGGUGCCACAGACCAAUGGGGAGGUAGAGCCCUCCGUGCUGGAUUCGAAAACCCUGCCUGGUGUCCCUCAGCCCCCUGGACAGGCUAACGACCUAUUGGAUCUCCUCGGAGGGAAUGAUGUCGUGUCUGUAAUCCCGACGGCCCCGCCCACAAAGCCUGUCUCUGCUGGAGGAGAGCUGUUAGACCUGCUGGGUGAUCUGUCCCUGUCAGGCGGUCCUGCGCCUGCCCCCGUCCCUGCCCCCCCCACGUCUGUCUCCCAGCCUGCCUUGCUGCUGGACGGCCUGUCCUCACACACGCUCCUGAAUGACGUGGCUGCAGGUAUCCCGCCGAUGACGGCUUACAGUAAGAAUGGCUUAAUAAUCGAGUUCACGUUUGAAAGGUCCAAUCUCAAUCCAAAUAUUACUGUUAUCACCGUUCAUGCCUCCAACAGCACCGAGGCAGAGAUGACGGACUUUGUGUUCCAGGCCGCAGUACCAAAGACUUUCCAGCUGCAGCUGUUGUCUCCCAGCAGUAACAUCAUCCCAGCUCUCAAGCAGGGGAGCGUCACACAGGUCAUUAAAGUGCUCAACCCCCAGAAGCAACCCCUGCGAAUGCGGGUGAAGCUGACGUACACCCACCAGGGCUCCCCUGUGCAGGACCUGGCCGAGGUGAACUCUUUCCCCCCUCAGUCCUGGCAGUAAUGGCCGCCGGCCUGCCUCCUUCGCUCUUAAGAGACCCUGCCAAGGGAACUAUGGGACGGCGCUCCUGGAACUGUGAACCGCUGUGCCGCCAGUGCAGACUGACCCCCCGGGGUGGCGUGGGGAGACGGCGGGGUCUCCCGUACCAGGACGGCGACGAAGGUCCGACGACGACGAUGACGAAGGCAACGCCGACAAGAGCAUCCGCAACAUAUCGGUUUUUAUAAGUCUGAUGGGUUUUCACCUUUGUCUGCAAUGAUGUCUGCUUCCACAGGGACUAGUGCUGUCCCAGUCCCUCAUGUGCACACACUGAACUAACCGCCCCCCCCUCGAGCCCCCCCCCCCCCCCCCCGCGCACACAUCGUCAUGGAGAUUCACCCUUUGGGUUACUGUGGUAACAUGCCUUUUUGAUUUCAGCUGUUGUCCUUGUUAAAUCAACCUUUUGUGUUUUGUAUUUUUUAUUGAAAUCUGUAGUUAACGGUUGGGAUGAUUUGCCUUUUUUCUUUUUUUUUUUCUUUUCUUUUUUUUGGAACUGCAACUGAAGUUAAUGAAUUGAAUUUUGCACUUUAAUCUCUCUCCGAAUCUGUACACCAUGCAGAAUUAAGAAAGUACUAUCUCCUGAUUGGCCUCGAAAUCUGUCUGGGUGUUCUGGAAUCUCAUCAUUUUUCCACUUUGGUGUCUCAAGAUCUUAACUUAUUUUGUUUAAUAAAGAUUAUCAGCCUUUGGUCAACGCACAGGCUCUUUGGUCCCAGUACAAUCUGUCCUGUUAAAUGUUGUGCUUCUGAAGGAUCCAGGACUGAAAUGCACUUUUACUGAAUUUGCCCUGUGCAGAUUCCUGCAGCUACGAUAGAGAUUUCAGUUCAUUUUUUAAUGUAGAAAUGACAUCCUUUCACCUUUAUUUUCUUGAAGCAUUCAGCCUUUUUUCAAUCAAGUGUAAAUCAUGGCUUUUGCUUUUUUGAUUAAUGCUUUUUGGUGUGAAGGGAAUAUGUCUGACCCCUUGGAGAACAAACCUGGAGGGAUUUACUAGUGUUAAGAUCGAGCUGUAAAGCACAACUUUUCUCUGAAGAGAACAAAGAGUCCUUUCCUGGUGGCAUACAGGGUUAAAUGUUGGAAUUCAGUUUCCAAAACGCGUAGUUCAGAGAGAAUGCCAGAAGGCACACUUUUUGUCAAUGUUUGUCAUCCUUUUUUUUUUAUUUCAGCUGAAACAAGAACAGGGUCAUUAACACAGAAAAAUGUAAGAGCACUGUAUUUGAGAUUUCUGUUGCUUGUUUUAGGGUCCUAUUUAAACAGAUUUUCUUCAGUGGAAGAUUGACUGGAGCUGUUAAUUGGAGCUGUUAAGAUUUGAAUUGUUGAUUAUGACUGUUUGGCAGUAUGCAGGGAGCCUCUAAACACCAUGUCUAAGUUUGAGAGCCCUGUGCCCGCUGGUUUGUAUGUUCUUCAUGCCAUACUGCUGCACUGCCGUAAAUGCUCGCAUUGCUUUUUAAGUAUAAAAAUUACAAAAUAAAAUUAUAAAAAUCUAAAUAUAA